AUGGGUGCUCCGAUGUGUGCUGAAGAGAUUCAGUCCCUACUUGCUGAUGAAGAACAUUGCGUUCUGGAAUUGCAAAAUCUUGGAGAGAACCUUUACGAGGCAAUGCCACGUGACCUAAAGGAGGCUCUUGAAGUGCCUUUGGGAGAGCUUCAGACCAAGCGCCUGAUGCGAACGGACCGGCUCACGAUUGCUCAGGAAGAUGAUCUGAAGAACAAUGGUUGGGUCUUGAAGCAGCUUCUCGAAUAUGAGCCCUUCAAAUACAGAGCCCCUGGGAAGCAGGAAUGCUACCUGAUUUUGGAAAGCUUGAGCGCAAAAUCGAAGAACCUUUGCAUUCGCCCUUCGGAGCUGACAGACCUGGACACCGAAAUUGCUGCACUUGCCUUCACUAUGAGGAAAUUGUGGUCGGGGCUACGUGCUUUGUGGAGAAACAGCCCCAACACCAGCUCUUCCGAUGUCGUCCAAGCCUUGAAGAAUGACAUGAAAAGGAAGCCCGGCUCUGGCCCACGCCAGACUGAGGAGACCCAGAAAGAGGAUUCCCAGGAAGACUCCCAGGCUGAUUCGACCAAACCUUUUGCAAACACCAGCCAACGAAGUUUGCUACUGGACCAUGAGACUGAAUCUUCUGAGGUUCAAAGUCUAGUGUCACCUACGUCUUUGCCAAAGCCAUCCCCUCCUAGCCCUGAAGAGAUGAAAACUCCACCGAGAAAGGCAGACAAUAUCUAUGCUCGGAUGUAUGGAAAUGUAUCUGGUGGCUCAAGUCUUACAGAUGACACCUUGCCAUUGGGUUCACCUUGGGCUACCCCUGGGAUUCGAGGGGCAGACCCCAACAUGGAAAGAGACCUCAUGGAGAGACUUGGGCAACCCACGACACUUAUGGGGGUGGCUGAAGAACCGGACGAAGAACCUGCUGUGUCCCCUGUCCAACCGGACCUUCUUACAUUGAAGAAUGAAAAUUGGGAAUGCGAAGAGGAAUGCUCUGAGUCGUCCAGCCCCGAUGAUGAUCCAGUGCUUGCUGAAAACCUCUUGGCUGACAACAUCGAAGAGGAGUCUGACUUUGAAGAUCAUCGUGACUUACAUGGCCAGUUGGAGCCCAGUGUGCCACCUGGCUACCCCGAAGCAGCUGUUGCCGUGGAAGACAGUCCUCCACCGGCCGUGCCACCAGUUGCAGAUGGAGGUGAUCGAAAGAAGAAGAAGCGUAAAUCUGAAGGGUCGGGCAAGAGCAAUGGAAAAAAGAAGGCGAAGCCAGGAUCCAAAGAAGCUGAGCCGGUUCCAGAUAUCCCUACAAUCAUGGAGACCUUUGAAGAGGAGUAUCGGGAGUCUCUUCAAGCCCUUCCGGCUGAGUUGUUUCCCCAGGGCAUCAAGCAUGGGAAGCACUCCUAUACCCUGCAUUUGGAUGGUGGGGCCCGCAUGGAAGUCUUGCUUCGCCACAAGGCAUUCAAACCCAAGGCCAUGAAGGGUGGAGCUGCUAUCAACUCAAAAGCGAUCGCAUGGAAAGAUGAUAUGAAGGCAGCCUGGGAGGAAGCUGCACGUGCUAUGGGCUUGUCACUGUGGGUGUAG